UCCCCUUCACGGUUACCUCCUCACUUCACUCUCUUCUCCGAAGCACAAGCAAAAAAAGGUUGCAAAGCCAAGAAAAGCUUGGGAGAUUCUCGAUGGCACGGUCCCUCGCAUGCGCCUUCUUCUUCGACGCCGAGCCGGUCGGCGAGACCGGGCGGCACGCGCUGGACGCCUGCGCGCUCUGCACCAAGCCGCUGCGCCGCGAUAGCGACAUCUUCAUGUACAGAGGGGACACCCCCUUCUGCAGCGAGGAGUGCCGCUACGAGCAGAUGCACCUCGACGCCGCCUGCGCGAGGCAGGCCGCGAGCGCCAGGCGGAAGCAGCAGCAGCAGGGGCAGCGGAGCAGGCACGAGACCGCGCCGGCGGCGCCCGUGUCCCGGAAGGCGGGGGUGUCCGUGGCGAGCUGUUGAUGAGCUGCAUACCUUAGGUAGACGAGCGUGAGCUUGCAAGAUGUGAUGAAGGAGUUGUUCUUGCUCAUGUCUGGCCGGCCGCUGUGCCGAUGGAUGGAUCUGGUCGGAGUCGAAGCAGAGAAAGGACGGAUCUGAGGAAGGGACUCCGAGAUUCACCAGGCACCAUGGUUUAAUUUAGGCCAUGUGUGCUUCUCUUUUUUUUCCCCUUUUGGUUGGCUCCUUUUGUAUGAGGAGCUGAUCUGAGUUGGUGUGAAGAGCAAUUCCGCUGUAAAUAUUCGAGGCAUUCCGAGAAGUUCUAUUGAGCCAUAAUUUUUUGAGCAGAAUCAUAUUUGUGUCUACUCUUUUAGGAGUAUGAAACACCCGUGACUUUUCAUAAUUUGAGCCCUCAUAAAAAA